AAGAUUCGACGAUCCGCAGAUUCGUCUUCGAUUUAGCAGAGACCAGUCGGGCGACAUGUCCAAGGGCAAGGGCUCGCCACACGUCGCCCAAUGGGACAAGCAAAUGAGGGAUUUUCUAUCAGAAGCAAGAGAGAGCUUUUUACAGAAAUGGGAUUGCGAUAAACAUAACACAGCUGCCCUCGAUGACUUCGAUAGAAUACGAACCCUUGGGACCGGUUCAUUCGGUCGGGUAAUGUUAGUCAAGCAUAGAGUUACGGCAAAAUAUUUGGCAAUGAAAAUUCUAGACAAACAGAAGGUUGUAAAAUUGAAGCAAGUUGAACACACGCUAAAUGAGAAGAAGAUUCUACAAGCCAUCUCCUUUCCAUUCAUUGUCAGCUUAUCAUACCAUUUCAAGGUAAAGUCACCCAUUAUUUAUUUUCAAAUUUAUAGUGUGUGCCUGUAUGAAUAUAUACGUUUAGGCUCCUAUACUGAACCACACUCGAGAUUCUAUGCAUCCCAGAUUGUCCUUGCCUUUGAGUACCUCCACGCCUUGGACCUUAUAUACAGAGAUUUGAAACCAGAGAACAUCCUAAUCCAAGAGACUGGUUACAUUGCAGUCACAGAUUUUGGUUUUGCCAAGAGAGUGAAAGGUAGGACAUGGACCCUCUGUGGUACGCCGGAAUACCUUGCUCCAGAGAUCAUCCUCAGCAAGGGUUACAACAAGGCAGUAGAUUGGUGGGCGUUGGGUGUUCUCAUCUAUGAAAUGGCUGCAGGGUAUCCACCAUUCUUCGCUGAUCAACCCAUCCAGAUCUAUGAGAAAAUCGUCUCAGGAAAGGUUCGCUUCCCCUCUCACUUUAGUUCGGACCUCAAGGACAUCCUACGCAGCUUGCUACAGGUAGACCUGACAAAGCGCUUUGGAAACCUCAAGGCCGGUGUAGCUGACAUCAAGACGCAUAAGUGGUUUCAAGCAACGGACUGGAUUACCAUCUACCAACAAAGGGUGGAGGCACCAUUCAUCCCAAGGAUCAAGGGACCUGGAGAUGCCUCACAAUUUGACGAAUACGAGGAAGAAACACUCAAGAUCUCACUCACGGAGAAGUGCGUCAAGGAGUUUGCUGACUUCUGAGCCACCCCCUCCUCUCCACGUUGUUGCCUCCGGGCGCGAGUCUACUUUGUUCCUCAACCAUCGUAAAGAGGGAGAAAAUGACCCUGUUCCAUCGUUCUGAUAAACUCUUCUUUUUUGUUUUUCUCUGUGAUUUUAUUAUAGUAUGUACAAAAACAAGAAAGAUACGUAAGAUGAUGGAGAAGAAUGACACGACGAUUGCCAUGUACAGAAAUUGUUACUCUAUAUAAGAGAUUUAAAAUGCAGAAGAUGAAUUUUAAUAGAUUUAAAAGUAUGAAGAUAUGAAUUUUUGUGAAAUAGCUUUGUUAAGAAACCAUUCUACCUGCCGUUAUUUUAUGUGUGUGCCAAAGGGUGCGUACGGAUGGAGAGGAAGGAUCUAGUUUGAUAGACACACAUGAAAUACUGGGCAUGAUGACAGACGUUUCAAAGACAAUCUCAGCGUACCUUGAAAGCAACUCUACACCUCAUGAUGAGCGAGGUACAUUAAGGCGUAUAUCUGAAUAUAUAUAUUUUCUCAUAUUCAAGGUAGUUGAUUGUCUGCGGGCAAACCUGGCACGCCUCUCCUUGUCCCAAGCACAAAUUGAACUCAUAGGUGUUAUCAAUGUAUUUACCAUCUUUUAUUCAGUAUACUUUCCUCUCCCCACCCCCUCCCCUUUCACCUCAUCUUCACCAAGACUAUCGUAGCAUUACAGAGUCAACAGCCAUUGUGUAUUUCUUUCAAACCAUAUCACAGUGCUACAUUUUUUUCAAGUCAUUCAAAGACUUCAUCUCAUCAAGCCUACCAUGAAAUCAAUCCUCACAAACAAAGUCUGGAGUUUGAUUAUAUAGCGAUAAAGGCAACUAAAAGAAAGAAUACCCCCUUUAUAAAUUAAUUGUUCUAUGGAUUGCCACAGACAUACUUCAGUUUAGGUUUGCUGACUUGGUGAUCACCUGUAACUUCCCUUAAAGGGGAAAGUAUUAGCGUAAACCCAAUUUAGUAUGUUAUUUGGAGAUUUAGAUGCUUUGGUGGGCUUUUUUUUUAAAUAUUAGUCAUUUCUGUAAUAGUGAAGACCUUUGGAGAGAAUGAAGAUGUCUUGUAGCUUUAUUCAAGUCUUGCCCUUUUUCUAUCUCCUAAGUCAUCUAGUACAUGGAUACAAUGACAAGCUGUAUUUUUGAGGCUGGGCACCUCACUCCAUGGUACUUGCAAUAUAAUGGCAAUAUGUGUGCAAUCACGGGAGUGUUUCAAUAAGCAGUUUGUCAGUGAUUUCCUCUGACAGUUGGCAUAGGCUACUGAAUUCCUUGCAUAUGAUUGGCGAAGAGCAAAUUUGUGAGUGAAAGUCACUGGCAAGAUGCUUUGUGAAAUGCUCUCCAGGGUCCGCUAGCACAUUCUUCCUGAUAGUUUUGUAUGAUUGAUCUUUGCAAUUGAUCACACAUCACUGCAGUUGAUUGUAAACCUCAGUGCUAUGAGUAUCCAGGAAGUUUUGUUUUGGGGGGCCCUACCUGAUCUUUUUCACACUGUCUAUGAGUGAGUCUACGCAAUGAGAGUUCCAUGGUUGUGGAUGCCUAGCCUCGGUGCACAGAAAUUUAUUCAAAAUGAAGAUGUAUCCACAUAAAUAUAUGAUUCUAGAUCCCCCCAAAAAAAAUGUAAUGUGUGCUCUUUACUUAACCUCAUUUUUCCAAACCUCAGAUGGACACAAUCCCAGCUGAAUAGGCAAAGUCUAUAGUUAAAAGUAUUGGCAAGCCCAAGUAAUAUCAUCCAUAGUACACUAACCACUGGUCAUGUGGACCCUGUUUUACUAAGAGUUGCAAUCGAUCCAAUCCAUCUCAACAAUGGAAAGUCAUUGAUGUCAAAUCUCUUCAUCUGGGAGGCCUAUGAACACUGAUUGGCAAUUAUGCAUACAAGCAUUUGUCAUAUUACAGAACUUAAUAUGCAUUCUUGAUUAUAGUGUUGCUUGCUCUCCAUAUUUAAGACUGAUGGGAUCGAUCGCAAGAGUCUGUAAGCUGUCCAUUUGGGGGCUGUUUCAUUGUUCAUUCCAUGUUGGAAUCAAGACAAAACAUGAUUAGUUUUCUCUUUUGUCUUCACUAUCUGUACAUGGGGCCUACCUUGGACUUGCAGAAAUAUUCAUUGUGCAUAUGGGCAGUUCCAUAAAAAUAUCUGUGUCCAUCUCUCUUUAUUUGCGAAUUUCCUGAAAUCUGGAAAUAUAUGAUACUCACAGGUAUGAUGGCUUCAGCAGUUCAUAAAAUGAAGAAAAUACUUGUCAGACUUACAAAAAUGUUGAUUACUUUAUAUGAUGAUUGUUUGAUUUAUGUCGUCGGCUAGCUUGAAGUUAGCAGCAACAAGUGCUACAGAUUGAUAUGCUGCACCACAGAGCUCACAUCUCCUUUUUCCUGUUGUGCGGACAAGCCAGAAUCUGAUGAUUAGCGAAUUUGUAAAGUGCUUGAGUAUAGACACCAUGCUGAUGUUUUCAACGCUUUAUAAAAGCAAGAUAUUAUUAUUAUUCAUAUAGGUACAUUCGGUAUAUCAGUAAUAUAGAGAAACCACAUCAAUGAGCUUGAAAAACUAAAAAACAUCAAUUAUAAGGUUGUUCUUUGGAGGAAUCUAUUUUGAAUGAGCUUGAAAUUAGUUUAAUGAGGUAACUCAAAAUAUAUCAAUUAUGAGGUGGUUGGUAUUGAUGGUUAUAAAUGUACACUGUUGAGAACUGUUGGACAUGAAAGGAUAUUUCAUUCUCUCGACAUUUAUAGAAUACAUUUCUGUAAUAUCCUCUACUGUAAAAUUUUACAUUAAUUUUGCUUGGUUGGUAUCCUAAUUUUGUUCUCCUCUGGCACACGAUUUUGAGGAAAUUACUACCCCACUUUGGGCUCUCUUAUCAAGAAAUGAAUUAUGCCUAAUGAAAUGCUGGUCAGUAUGUACUGACUUUUCAUCAACACAAAGUGUAUAUUGACAACGGGAUAUUUUCAAAUUCUGAGUCACUAUUAUUUUGUCUCUUACAUGCAAUACAUGCAUUGUUCUUAUCUUCUCUUUUUAUGAUUGUUCUUAAAAGUCAUGUGACUUGACUAUUUUUUAAAAAUUUAAUUGUUCAUGUAUUUUUCAUUAAUGCAACAAAUGGAGGUAUGUUAUCAUAAGCAGCCCUCAUUAUUACUUUUUCUGAUAAAGUUUAUCAGGAGCUAUUAUCCAUUCUAUUAACCUACAUGCAGUUAUAUAGAUGGGACUAAAUUUAUUGGAAUAAUGAUGUUAGGAGAUAAGGAACGGUCAUAAACUUUUAAUAAAAUCUUUAAAGCAAAUCUUGUACCAUGGGCAUGGUUUGUGAAAGGGUUUUAAUGGUUCCAACCAGUCAUAAGUGUGAUAUUCAUUUUGACUAUCUUCAUUGAUUAAGACCAAUCUCAAAGUUCAAUUUACUUCAAUUUAGUGUAGUUCAAUUGCUGAAGUCCAUAUUAUAAAGUCCAUUUGUUUAGUGGUCUAGCAAGGCCAACUGUGCGUCUAUGAAAACAGGGUCUUUGGAGACUAACAGCAGAAUGAGAAAUUAGGUUUCUAGCUCUCACCAAGCAGCUAUUGAAGGAUUGUAGGAAAUAGGGAACCAAAUUUAUUUUUAUAAUGUUUGAGUACAAGAAGUCAUACAUUUAUGUUUAAACUGGUGUGCUAGCUGACACAAUAUAAAUUUAGAAAAUCUCUCAAUUGUUUUCUUCUUCUUCCUUGCUCCACUAUGAUAACAAAAAAGUUAUUUUAAAUUGUUAUGUCUUUGUAAGCUGUCAGUGAUUUAUGUGCAGUGUGUAUGAAACAAAAUCUUCCACUUGAAAAGAAAGAAAAAAAUAUAUAUUUGAAAUUGCUAGCCAGAGGUGUCAAUGAGAGAGAUAGAAUACCACAUUAGUUUGAAAUAUACCUAGAACUUUAUUCCUAGAAUUUUUGAUCAGUAUCAAAUCAAUAAUGCUGUUGACUGUGGCAUUCUUUUUGUGUUUUAUAAACUGGUUUGUUGACAUGAGGUCCAUUGAGUUUGUGAGGGAAAGAUCCUUUUGAAAUGUCAUACAAGAACAACAUUUGCUUACCCUCUGAUUUUCAAUGAUUUUUGGCUGGCAGUUGAAAGAAAUUUUGAAACACUCGCUGUAAUAUAUUUUAAUCUGUUUAUAGUUUGUCAGUUGAUGCCAGGGUAUAGAAGCCUGUUUCUGUUUAUAAGAGAUCAGCCCUAGAUUAUGCACACAAUUUAGAUAAUGGGCGAUACACAAUUUUAAGGUCACUAAAUUUCAGAAAAAUUAUUCUUUAAUGAAGAGGCAUUAUUCCUAAACAUCUGAUAAAUAAAAUAAUGAUAAUGAUGAUAAAAGUACUGAUAGUAGUAAUAAUAAGAAGAAUACAUAAGAUUGCUAUGGUCUAAUAAGUAUGUUUAAUGAUUUGCAAAGAAUAUUAAAGUGUAAUGAAUGAUCUGUGAGAAAAUCCUCACUAUUGCUUGGUGUUGACUUCUUAAGAUCUCAUAAAGCUCGGAAGCGUAAGUGCAUUCACAAAAUAAAGGUUGACAUAGUUCAUUAUUGAUUUAUAUAAGGGUAAGUUUCCUCUACUCUGUCCAUAGCAAUUCUUUGACAGCGCUGAGUAAUGAACUAUAAAGUUGAGCAGUUACAUGCAGUUCUAGAGCCUUCUAAGACCUGACAGCCCAAAGCCUACUGACUAUUUGUAGGGCUCAUUCUUAUGGCUGAUGGCAUUGAUUAUCAUGUGCAAUUGAUUAUUAUGUGCAAUCAAUUGCACAAAUCAAUUGUACUAUCAAUACCUAAGCUUUAUGUAAUGUGGCCCUGUAGCUCUGGCAAAGGAUCCGUCUUCUGUUUUUGGUCAUUUUUUUUUUUCAUAAGCCAAUGCCGAGUGCCAAGAUUGAAAUUCAGGUACAGCAUUAAUGUAGUGCACCUUCACUUGUUGAAAGUCCUAUUUGUUACACGAAAACCCUCCCUGGUCCUUGUUCAUUCUUAUUACCCUCCCAUCAUGUAGCAUCUAUUAUAAUGGAAAACUAUUCCUGGACCCUGAUACACAAAUAUUAGUGAUUGGUGAUAAUGUUUUGUACAGUCGAUUGCGCAUACUGGUCGUUCAAUGCAAUUGAUUGUAUUCAGCCCUAUAAUCAUUCACUCAGCUUUGUGUGAGUGGGGUCGGGUCAUCUUUGCGAUUACAUUGUGAUUAUCUUGCUGGCAAGAUGCAAAUUUGCACUUGUAUUCCAAAUCACCAUCACUAUCUUCCAUUUCUUGCUAGGAUUGUAACAAAUAUUUUAUGCUAGAUAAUAUGUUCCCGGUGGUAUGUAUAGUAUUUCUAGUGGUAAGAGUAAAAAGACAGAGGGGGGAGGGGGCUUGCCCAUCACCUAGAAAUUAAAAUUGCAUCAAAUUGAUAUUCAAUUUCAAAGUCAGAUGGCACUCAAGUCAUCUCUUAUGAACAUAUUUUGAGUUAUGUGGAAAAGGGUAGUUGACUAGUUGACAUUGGCCCUUUUUUCUCCUACCUAGUCCUUCAUUUCACAUACACUGUUGAUAUUAACAUCAUACUUUGUAUGACUGGACAUUGCUGCUGAUAAGUUUUCAAUAUUAGAAUAUGAUGCCAGCAAAAUACACAUGCGUACAGCUACCGUCGCACUUCAUAGCUGUCUGUAUGUGUAUGUUUGUGCACCAACUUUUAAAAAAAAUGUGCCGCUAUACAUGCACAGGGCUGUAGGAACAGGCCCUGUGGGUUGUAUUCAUAAGAGAAUUUACUUCAGUGUUUUGUCACGUGGUGCUUAUCUGUGAAAGGCUAUGUGUAUUGAUACUAGAGAGUAGUAUACAUGUGCUGUUCCCACUGUACAGCAUUCUGUUCUUUGUCUUUAUAGAGUUAUUUCAUUAUCAUACAUUGUCAAUUGUUAAUGGUAUUUUGUUGGGAAGUUGAUCAUGCCCUAAUUCUGCACAACGUGUACAGUUAGGUAUUCUUGCUGCUUAUGAUGUUGCUUGGUGGCUGAACUAGGGCUAUGCACCACUUAUAUAUUGUUAAUGCUGUGCAGUGGGGACGUUCCUUAAAUCUUUACUAUGGGCCUAUGAUACGUCAUAGCUUUUUUUAAAUCCAUAUAUCAGCUGUAGAAAUGUUCAAAAUAGACAACUUUAGCGAAAUAAUGCAUUUAUAUCAAUAUUGGUUUUUUGUAUAGCUCAAAGAAAUGUAGAUAUUUCAAUUUGACUUUGUAUUCUCAGUAUUUUGUUUCAAUUGGAAGAUGAAAUAGUAGUAGUGACCAUACUUUUGUGUGCUUGUUCUGUUGGAAAGGUCACAUUUUGUUGACGCACAUAUGUAUUGUACAAGUCAUAAUAAAGUAUUGUCACUGAGAAUAUAAGUACCGCAAAGGUUUUUAAUCAACACUGUAUAUUUCUAGCAAAACACUUUGUUGCACUAUAGCUUCAAUCAUCAUUGUAAAGUGUUAAUAUCUUUAAAAAAAUAUUUGAUGUUUAUUAUUAUUUGUUUUUCCUUCUUGUAUUACCGAGGCAGUGACAUAUAUGUAAGGUUACAGGGAUAAAAGUGCAGGUUCUCACGGUAAAAACCUUUUUAAAAAGAUAAUUAUUUAGAAUUGAUGAGUUAAAAUCAGAAUUAUUUGUGAUGUUCAUGAAACUGUACAUUUGGUGUUCACUAGAUUAUGUCAAAAGUGUUUGUAUUAUUGCAAAUCAGCAUGUGGUUUGUAGGUACUUGUUCUACCUUGCCAACAACAUGAAUGGUUAUAAUUUAUAUUAAGGUCUUUGUUCCACUGUUGGCAUGUAGCUCUGGAGAUUUUUAAAAAUGAAAAGGGGCAUAUUUCUCUGCCUGUGGGUCCAUCAUGGACACAAAAAUAUAUCAAAUAAAGGUCAAUCUGACUUGAAA